AUGGCGGCGUCCACGAAACAGGGUGGAAAAGCUAUCCGUAGCUCAGACGUGGAGCUGUUAAUGCACCCCGAGCUGCUGUCUCACGACUUCAUGCGGCUCAUCUUAAGCGAGAAACAUGUCUAUACCGGAGUAUGUGAAAGUCGCGACCGGCUCACGGAGCUUUACCUGCAGCACGUCAUCCCGCGGCCGCAGAGGACGUUACCCGACAGCCGCUGGGGAAAGAGGAUGGAGGAGAUCCGAGGGAGGCACACACCGGCCGGCCACGGGCCGCACAGUUCCGGUAACAACCACAACAGGAAAAGGCCUCUGAUUGUGUUUGAUGGCAGCUCCUCUGGACCACUAAAAGUAAAGAAACCAGCAGAAACAACCUUGUCAACGGGAACCACCGACAGGUUAAAACCUCCUCCUGCUGCAAACCUGCCAUUCCCCAUCAGAAAGCUAUCUGGAAACACAUCUUCCUCCUCCUCCUCCUCCUCCGCCUCCAUUCUUUGCAGCACUGACGCAGCAAACCUCAAACGGGAAGCAAUCAGCUUGGAUGCAAUGGAGUCUCCAGAGGUGAAGAAAAAGAUCCAGCAUGUGACAUGGCCCUGACCUCUAACCUUUAUACACACGAGCCUGAUGCAGCUCAGGCUCUGAAGGACAGACCACUCUCCUCCAUGAUGUUUCCCAGUAUUGUUGCUCUUCCCAUCACAGUUAUCCAACUAAUUAUGUCACAAAAAGGAUUCAAUUAAAUUCAGUUCAUUUUAUAUGGCCCAAUAUCACCAAUUACACAUUUGUCUGAGAGGGCUUUACAAUCUGUACACAUACAACAUCUGUCCCAGGACCUCACAUCGGAUCAGGAACAACUCCCAAGAAAUAGAAGAAAAAACUUUCACGGGGAAAAAAGGGAAGAAACCUUCAGGAGAGCAACAGAGGAAGAUCCCUCUCCAGGAUGGACAGAAGCAAGAGAUGUCAUGUGACCAGAAGGAACAGCAGUACAUAAAAGCAUGAAAGCCCUGAAACGUGUGUGUCUCCGCCAACUCGCAGCUCUCUUUCCUCCACGAGCUGACAGGACGGGGCUCCUAAAGUCACGAGAUCCUUGUAGCUUUCCACAACCUCAAGUGUCCUUACCGCAGACGCUCAGCGACGCUCCUCGUGUCCUCCACAGGCGCCGGCGACGAGGGCAAAACGAGUAACGCCACUUUUGUUUUUCUCGAUUUGCAAUUUAGGGAAAUUGUGGUUGUCGAUAUUCUGUUUUGUUCUGAGGGCCUUCAGUACUGCUCUGCAAUGGGGAAAGGCGUCUUAUCCUGUCUGGGUUUUGUUUAAAAUGGUUGUAAGUGGGAGUACCGUGACUUGAAUGGACAGAUUAACGGCGACACAAAUGUUACAGACUUAACCCUUGUGUUGCCUUCGGGUCAAUUUGACCCGAUUCAAUGUUUCACCCUCCUGUUACCUUUAUAUUUACUAACAUAUUUUACCCUUGAGGUCAAUAUGACCCCAGCUAUUAAAAUCUCCAGAAAAUUAUUAGAAUUAAUAUUGUUUUCCAAGUUUAAGUGUGAGGUACUUUAUGUUUGUUUGUUGACUCCCGAAAGAACACCGACAUUAAACAUUGAAUCGGGUCAAAUCGACCCGAAGGCGACAGGAGGGUUAAAUAUUGAAUCGGGUCAAAAUGACCCGAAGGCAACACAAGGGUUAAUAGUUUGAGAUUGUGACUGCUGGACAUAUCUAAGCUUCAUUGUCAACACGUUAUGUGAACAGCGCAACAACAACAAAAUGGUGUGUUCAAUCUCGGAUACGGUGUCUCCUUCUUCUCAAUGAACUCAUUCCGCUGAUGUUUGGCCUCAGUUGUUCAGGGCUUUUAAAUAUGAGUGUAACUUGGUAUUGUGCUUUUGUUUUAAACUUGUAUUCAUGCACUUGAAUAAAACCUUUAAAAAAAAAAAAACAUUACAAAAGAGAGCAACAUGGACUAAAUCAGGAUUAUUGAUAUUUUUGCAGUGUGUAUUCUAAAUUGUGUAUAGAUUGACUUUACAGUUACUUUCUUUGAAACUGAUGUAGACAGAGAUGAACAAAAUAUUUAGAAAGCAUUUUAAAUCCAAUGUGAAAUCUAGUGUCAUAUUUGUAUCUAUGCUUUUUAAAAUAAAUUGUCUCGAAACAAUUAA